AUGUCGAACAUACCUUUUCGGAAGAUCUUACCCAAGCCCAUGAGGUCUAGCGACCCGCAAAGACUGCAGCGCCUCAAUCAUGUCCGAGGCGACACGCCACCACCUGGAGACACCUCAGACUCCGACGAGCCAGGACUCUCUGGAGCCCCAACACUGCACCGGAGCAGACCCCGAAACGCUCGAAGAGGGGAUGACGAUGGUCGAGGGGACACGCCAGCGCUUGCAAAGAAAUGUCGUCGCUAUGAGCCUGCAGCACCAAAAAACUCUGCGUCGACCGUCGAAGGGCCGUAUGGGCCCUCGAAGCUGCGCCAAGACAUAGGACCACGGCUGUUUGCAAGCGACUACCGUCCUGUACCUGUUAGGAGGAUUAACCCCCGCCAAAAUUUCUACCGAAAAUCCGAGGAGGAUCCCGAUUUACGGAUAGCUGUUCUAGACUACGAACACGAGAAACAUGCAUAUGCAGAGAUUGAGAGGGAGUUAACAGAGGAAGAGGAGCAAAUGAACUGGCUUAUCACUGAAGGAAUAGCGAUUCCUGUCGAUGAUGGCGAUGAAGACGAACCGCCAGAGGGAGCGAUAAGUCCCUCCCUGUUGGAAGCCAGCGGCCUGCCUCCGCUCCAACGCCUUCCAUCCCACGAAGAUUCAUCGCCGUCGUACGAGGAGGGAUCACAUGCGCCAAACGACGAGCCAGCGGAGUCUAUUGUGCCCCGUUUGAUAGUCACCCCACCCACACCACGGCCCGCGUACGCAACUAUGCUCAGCCUGCCAGCUCUUGAGGAGCAACCACCGGCGGAAGAGGUGGCCGCAGGGUCUGGCGAGAGCUCAGGCAGCAUGAGUCCUACCAGUCUUCUCGUUCCGCCGCGUAGAUCCGUACGGUCAGCGCGGUCUAAACCGGUUGAGGCGUCCCAACCAAAUGUUGGGUACCAUUUGCCCGGACAGUUUCUUCCACUGCAUAUUAUACCAGAGAGGUAUGAGCCCAUAGAUGCGCACGAAAAGCUCUAUAGAUCUCGCCGAAGAUGCUGGCGUGAGGAACGGGGCCAUCCCGGGUUCAAACCCAUUCCGGACCCUGUACCAUAUGAAGGCGCGCCUAAAACGUAUACCACCUUCUGGCCCUCCAACUACGAGCUGGAUGUUCUCUAUCAGCAUGAAGACCAAGUGCCAAACUAUAGAGGAGCCUCGGACGGUCGUGUGCAGUUGCGACUUUUUGAGACCAAGUUGUUCAACAUCCAAGUCCGGCUGAAUGACGCCAAGUAUGACCAUGACAAGGCGGUCAGGAGAGUGGUGAAGGCGUACAAAUUCGCGAGGCUGAACGGAUACCCCACUAGAAUCUGGGACGUUCUGGAUUGGCAAGCCACGAACUCCAGUGGAGAAAUCGUCCGGAGGAACGCGCGGGAGCUCCGGCAUGAGUGGUCUGCAACAGCUGCAUGGCUGCGGAAACCGAUCGAGGACGCCGAACUUGUUUUAGAUAGAUUGAUCGGAAUAGCGGACACGUUUGCGGAUUUCGACGACGACGACUACGCCAACCUUGCGGAUAGAGCUCGUUUCCAGUACAUGGUGUGGAUGGACCGGCUUACGCUGCAAGCGCUAGCAGCAACCGAUGGCCGCUACACCGGGAAUCGGCCCGAUGUCAAAUGCCGUAUCUGGGAUUGCUACAACCCAGCCAUGUGCAGAGACGUGCACAGCCAGGUCCUGACCCUCAAACUUUUCACGGGCUAUGCUCUAUCAAUGCACCACCACAACAAUUUGGGAGAAAUACAGGAUGACCCUCGACUGGGACCUAGCGGGCUGGACAUUUACAGACACACUCUGAAUUACACGCCGGGUGACUGCAUCGAUAGCUUGCGCUUGAUCGCGAGUCGGACAGCGGGAACUUCACAAGCCGCCCAGAUCUUUCCGCAAGUCGGCGGGAGUGCCUGGCAGCCAUCUCUGGCCAUCGAGAAUAGCACGCCGUUGGAAGCGAACCCAAGUGGCUCACGAGCAGAUCGUCCGACUGGGAAAGAACGUCAUCAGGAGGCUAGAUCAACCUCGCGAUCAGAUGAAUCUGAGGAGGCUGCGGAGCUUAUGUUACUCACUGCUGACCAGAACAUCGAUUCUAAAUCUGAUCAGAACCGCAAGGACAGUUUCGAAGAUACGGAUGAGGAAGACGAGUAUUUACCUGAGUCACGCGGAUCGUUCAAGAAUGCUAGGAUUAUUUGCGAGUGA